AAGUCACAUUGCCGCUGUCCUCAAAGGUGUUGUUGACUCAGCAUUUGCACAGAUGCACGUGUGGUGUCAUUUGUCGGUUACCCGUGGGAUACUGCUUACUGUGCAAGUCUCACCUGAAGCUUUAGUUUUUGGCAAUAAAGCUAUGUAGGUCAAUUCCAGCGUAUGUGGCCUUAACUUACAUACAUACAUAUGUGUAGGUAAAAAAAAAUUAAUUUUUAUAAACUUUACAGAGUAUGUUAAGUUUGCCACGAUGUUUGUAACACCCACAAGUAACCCUAUAAAAUAUAUAUAUCUCUAAAUGAUCACCGUGGCGAGCUAAGUCGAUUUAGCCAUGUCCGUCUAUAUAUGUAUAAGCGAACUAGUCCUUUAGUUUUUGAAAUAUCGAUCUGAAAAUUUUACCACGUCCUUUUCUCCCGAAGAAGGUGCUCAUUUGUCGCCGAUAUCGGACAUCUCUAGAAUAUAACUGCCAUACAAACUGAACGAAAGGAAUCAAGUUCUUGUAUUGAAAACUUUUUUGUUUGACAAGAUAAAUAUCCUCCCGAAAUUUGGCAAGGAUUUUUAUCCAAGACAUCGCUACAAUCUCCGAACAUAUUUAAAAUUGUUCAAAUCGGAGCACUUAAGCAAGCAGAUGCCUCACUGAUCAAAAUCAAGAUAAAGGUAUUUUUAUAUUAAAUAUAAGAAAUGAUAUGCUUUAAAAUGCUUUAUGCUAUAACAAAUUCACCUGUGAAGGGUAUUAAAGUUUCGGUGCAGCCAAAGUUAACGUUUUUUCUUGUUAAUAGCAAAAUUCAGUACUGUACAAUUUAGCUUGUGAUAACAUUCACUGAUCGGCGUACGUUGAUAUGAGCAAGUUAUGCACAUACAUAUAUAAUUGUAUAUACAGGGAGGCGCACGAAUCGUGCUAUAAAAACAAACCCUAAUAAAAUGAAUAAUACUUGAAUAAAUCAAUGCAUUACAAUUAUUUUUUUAUUGUAUAGCAAAUUUACUUUUAUUUUAUUUUAUCUAUUUAAUUAUUUUUAAAAAAUAUGGACCGUAAAUGACCUCCUUCCUCAGCCACGCAUAUGCGACAAAUAAGAAAAUUAUUCAUUGCGGCCUGAUGGGUUGAAGUCGGGACUGCCUCAAUAAUAGAUUUAAUGGACUGCUUUAAUUCAGUCAGAUUUUUGGGUUCCCUUUUUUUUUUUUGUACACCUCUUGCUUGACAUAACAGGUCAAAUGAUCUUGGGGGUCAGCGUAAAGUAUGGUUAUUUGAUAUUAAUUUGUUUUCAAAUUUUCCUUGAAACUCCACAAUAACCGGUCUGGCUAUGUGUACAUUUGCUUCAUCUUGCUGCAACCAAACUCUAUUAAAAGGAAUACGUCUUCGGCGCAGUUCUGUGUAAAAAAUCUCAUUCAACAUCUUUAAAUAACGGUGCCCAUUGACAGUUACUGUUACUCCGUUUUCUUCAAAGAAGUAUGGUCCGACAAUACACAUUGAUGAAACUGCGCAGCACACAGCGACUCGUUCUGGGUGAAGUUACGUCUCGUGGAUUAGUUCUGGAUUUGAUUCACUCUAUAUACGGCAAUUAAGCUUGUUUACAUUUCCGUUUAUAUGAAUAUGGGCCCCAUCAGACAUAAACAGGCAAUUUAUUAGGUUAUUGUCUUCUUCGGUCAUUUAAAUCAUUUUUGGGCAAAAUUUCAGGGGAAUUUGCAAAUCUAGAGGGUGUAACCGGUUUAUUAUUUGAACUUUGCACGGAAACAGGUUUAAGUCAGUAAUAAUUAUCUGUUGUAAUGACCGCGUGUCGAAACUCUUGGAUUUGGCUAAAUUAACGAAAUGUGUCUUGAACACGAACAAACGGAUCUCGAUCUUACGGUGUUCUUGCGAUACUUCCACAUUCGACAAACAUGUUUACCAACCUCAUAAUGGUCCAUCUACUCCGGGGAAUGACGCCAAAAUCCCGUCUGAAUUCCUUUUGGACGGAAAUUACGGGCUGCAAAAAAUGGUACCGCUGUACUAUCCAAACCCUCUUUUCGGUAUCUCAAGCAUUCAUUUUUAAAUAAUUUAAAUAAUAACCCGCCAAAUAAAAAAAGAUUAAGUCGAUUACUUACACAAAAAAAGUUAUUACGUUUAUUUGUCGUGUGCCACCCUGUACAAGCACAAUUGAAGAUUUUCGUUCGGUCAGUGGAAAGUUUUCUUAAGUUGAUUUGAAAACACAUAAAAGCUUUAAUUGAUAACAAAAAUUUGCGCAACUGCGGCGCAUAAAUUAGAAACAGCUCUGAAGAGGUCUUGUAGUUUCUAAUUUUAGCAGAAUUGUGGUUUUUAAAUAUACUUUUUACUUUUCUUUAAAAAAAUCACAUGUCAUCAUAGAAGCUGAAUGAGAGAAAGGAAGAGUUUGCGAGCAUUGAAUAACAGCAAAACAAAAAGUUGUGAUAUUUGGGCGGUAGGGGGAAAGAAAAGAGGCCCGUCAAUAAGCGAGCGCGGAACAAUUUUUAUUAUCAGUUGUUAUAAAGCGUGCGAAAUAAUCAAAAAAUGUGAAUUAAUGACAAAAACAAUAACACAACACGAGAAGGAGAGCACCAAGUUGAGCCAAAAAAGAGCAGUCCAGUGGAGAGAUAUGCGAUCGUUCGAUUGCUGAUCAGUUUCAGUCAUAUGGUGGAGGCUUUGGCGCAAAGUACGAUAAGCGGAAAACUAAAAACACACAACGAAAUCAAAAAAAAUUAAAUUAAAUACGAAAUUUGAGGCACUUUCUUCAUUAGAAAAACUUUAAUUUGAAUCCAGUAUGUUCUUAAAAUUAUCCACGAAGGUGCGCUACAUGAGCGCUCACCAACAAAAGCUCCAGCAAACCGCUCAAAAAGUAACACCACAACAAGUUUAUGACCGAGAAAACAAAUACGGCGCGCACAAUUAUCACCCACUACCGGUGGCGUUGACACGUGGCGAGGGUGUUUUUGUUUGGGAUGUGGAGGGAAAACGUUAUUUCGACUUUUUAAGUGCCUAUUCGGCUGUCAAUCAAGGUCAUUGUCAUCCAAAACUCGUAAAUACUCUGACAGAACAAGCCAAGAAGCUAGCGCUAACAUCCAGAGCCUUCUACUCCGAUGUGCUUGGCGAAUAUGAAGAAUAUAUAACAAGACUCUUCAACUACGACAAAGUUUUGCCAAUGAACACGGGCGUGGAAGGUGGAGAAACUGCUUGUAAAAUUGCACGUGCCUGGGCAUACAUGAAGAAGCAAGUGCCAGACAACCAAGCUAAGAUCCUAUUUGCCGAGAAUAACUUCUGGGGACGCACCUUAUCCGCGAUUUCAGCGUCAACAGAUCCACUGAGUUAUGAAAACUUUGGCCCUUAUAUGCCGGGUUUCGAAAUAAUCAAAUAUAACAACACAGAAUCUUUAAAGAAAGCUCUACAAGAUCCCAAUGUUUGCGCAUUCAUGGUUGAGCCAAUUCAAGGCGAAGCCGGUGUAGUGGUCCCUGAUGCUGGAUAUUUGAAAAAAGUUCGAGAGCUGUGCACAAAAUAUAAUGUACUGUGGAUCGCGGAUGAAGUGCAAACCGGUCUGGCGCGUACUGGACGAAUGCUAGCCGUCGAUUAUGAAGAUGUUAAACCCGAUAUCUUAAUUUUGGGUAAAGCACUUUCGGGUGGAAUGUAUCCCGUCUCGGCUGUUUUGGCUGACGAUCCAGUUAUGGAGUGCAUACAACCAGGUCGUCACGGCUCAACUUACGGUGGAAACCCUUUGGGUUGUAAAGUAGCGCUUAGCGCAUUAGAAGUGCUGCUGGAAGAGCGUCUGGCGGAAAAUGCUGAAGAAAUGGGAAAUUUACUGCGCAGCGAACUCGACACUUUGCCUAAAGAUGUUGUGAGCAUCGUACGCGGCAAAGGUCUUCUCAAUGCUAUAGUUGUCAACAAAAAAUACGAUGCUUGGGACAUAUGCCUGAAAUUGCGUGAUAACGGUCUUCUUGCCAAACCCACACAUGGCGACAUCAUUCGCUUCGCACCACCACUGGUAAUUACCGAGGAACAGACGCGCGAGUGUGCCAAAAUCAUCAAGAGCACAAUACUGAACUUUUAAAAGCCAUUUGGGAAAAAUUCUUCAAAAAUGGUAUUAUAUUCCGAAUAUUUAGUUAUGUAAGAGCAGCAUUUAAGGCACAAUAAGGUGUGAAAUUUAGCGGAUUCUAUUGAGAUUUAAAUUAAUUAUUUAAUUUUAAAAAUAUAUACACAAAUGUAUGUAAUAUUUACUUCAUUGUGCUAUGCAAUCUAAGCUUAAUGUAAGGUGUCGUGUCAAACACCAAAUGUAAUUAAGUGAAAUUUAAAGCAAAUAUUUAAAAUUUCUCAUUUUAUGAAAGAUAGUCUACUCAACCUUUUUUGCGCUUCAAUAAAUAUUUUAUAUAAAGCACUUAGUAAAGAAAAAAUCA